UGAACUUCUCACCAGUUCUACUCACCUCCAGAAAGCACAAUUAUCUGUAUAACCAAAUGAUCAUGCUUUGAACCUUAUGUUCCUGUCUUAUGCAUUUAAUGAGCGAUUGAGUCAAACUUUCAUGAGCAUUGCAAUGUGCAAACAUUGUUGAAUUCCAAGACAUUAAGACAUCCGUUCAAUACCAUCUAAGACUAUUCUGUCACCCUAUGCCAAGAUACAGGCAAUCGCUGCCUCAGGAUGUUGCGUUGACGCAAGUUCUGCUCUGGCUUAAUGAGGGCCUUUUUGCUUUACUUGAGUUUCAUAUUUCACGCCAUCUUCUCCCUUGAGCAAAUCGCCUCACUUUCUCAAACAGAGGAGGAUGAGUCACAAUAUGGCUUGGGAUCGAGUUGGUCGUUCGAGAGGCCAGCGUGGCCGGGGCACAGGUGCUGGAGUAUCAAAUCGCGACUAUCGAGAACCAGAUUCUUUCGACAACGGCGAUAUGAAUGUUAAUCUCCCUGAACGGUUUCGUGGCGGCGGCCCUAGGCGCAACUAUCAGACCUCAGCAAUACCAACAAGUUCCAGCCCCAGCACGGAAUUUGAUUUGACCUUGAAUCUCGGCGUUCGUGAAUAUUGUAAUAAGCAGGACGAUAUCAAGGCCACCUCGGAACAAGACGACUGGCUUUCAAUGCCCGAGUUUCCUACCACGGAGGAACUGCUUAGCGAUGGUCCCCUGCUCCUUGCCAACAAGAUCAAAAGACCUUACAAGAGCAAAGAGAAGUAUUUGAAGAUUCAUUAUGAUCUGCAGCGAGAAGAUGCUAUUGGCAGCUUGAGAGAUGCUCUACAAGAGUUCCGCUCUGAUCCCACGACGAAUGACACGCCUGAGUUCUCCGUCUAUGAUCAGGUCUACAUCAUCGGUUUCACCUUUCCUCGGCGAAGUCUGGCCGUACGUGUUCGGUUCUCAACUCGACGAGCUGGCAAGCGUAUCAAAUGGUCCACAAGCAAGAGAUUGGUCUCGGGAUCGAUCGUUGUUCUGAUGCGCGCAAAAGACAAGCAAGUUGAUCUAUCUCGUCUAAUAGUCGCUGUUGUGACGGCAAGACCUCUUUCCGGUGUUGAGGCUGACAUUCCCGAAGUUGACCUGUCCUUCACUAAUCCCGCGGCGAUAGAAAUUGACCCCCAAGAAGAAUGGAUCAUGCUAGAGUCGAAGCAAGGCUAUUACGAAGCCUAUCGGCACACUCUGAGAGCGCUUCAGAAACUAAGUCAAGAAACGUUUCCCUUGGCUGACCAUAUUUGCAAAUUGGAGCCAUCCGUCGAUGCGCCUGCGUAUCUCCAACAGAACCCUAUCAUUGACCUCAGUACAGCCGCAAAGACUGAAAAGAAGGACUACGAAAAGGUCAACGUCCUUCAACAAUGGCCGAUUGCUCCAAGAGACUCGCUGGAUGACACACAAUGGGACGCCCUUCGAGAGUUGCUCACGAGGCGACUUGCUAUCAUUCAGGGCCCUCCUGGUACCGGAAAAACGUACGUGUCGAAAGUUGCCGUGGAAAUCUUGCUACGCAAUCGAAAGAGAGAUGACCCGCCAAUUAUUAUUGCCGCGCAGACGAAUCAUGCACUGGAUCAGCUUCUAGGACAUAUUUCACUCUUCGAGCCUAACUACGUCCGUCUUGGAGGCAGAAGCACAAACCCAGAAGUCAAGCAACGUGCUCUGUUCCUAAUCCGGCAGAAAGAUCGCAUCAAGCUGGUUCCUGGGGGUCUCUUGGGCCGCGCUAACACUCUCCUGUCGAAGCAGUCAAAACUUAUGAUUGAGAUUCUUGAACCUUUUACCAAUCCUGGAUCGGAUCCUUAUUCGACUGCGCAGAAAUCUGGUCCCAAAAUACUUCGAGAACUUGACGCUUUGACUGAAGCUCAAGCCAAGUCUUUAGAAGAUGGUGCAAUGCGGUGGGUUUCCGCAAGUGACGGCAUGAACGGCCCGAUUAGACUUUGGCUUGAUAGAGCUCUGAUUCCCUUUGAAGUCAAGUACGCCAAAGAAGACUACGGUUUCCAAGAGGAAGAUGAGGAUCUUGAAGUCGAACAACUGAGAGAGAAUGAGGACUCGCAUGGCGUCAAUGACGAAGAAGAUAUCGAGCUUCUCAAGGGUCCGUGGGCCAAUAUUUCCGAGAAGUACGGCGUCCGCCCUGCCUCCUCGAACGACAUCGCCAGAGCCACCAGACUAUUAGAUACAGUCUCAGAUCUAUGGCAAGUUCCAGACCACUUACGUGGUCCCAUGUUCUCAGUCAUUCAGAGUAGAGCCAAAGCCAACAUGGUCAAUCGAUUCCGCGAAGCUGCAGCGAUCUACGAGAAGUUGAUCCGCGACAACCAGAUCGGAAAAUGGGAGCAAGAUUGCGUCUACCUGAAACGAGCACCCAUCAUCGGCCUGACUACGACUGGUCUUAGCAAAUACCGUGGCCUCAUUUCAUCACUAAAGCCUAAAAUCAUACUGAUCGAGGAAGCGGCCGAAGUCCUUGAGGCGCCUGUUACCGCGGCUUGCAUUGAAUCACUAGAGCAUUUGAUCCUAGUCGGUGAUCAUCAACAGCUUCAGGGGCACUGCAGUCUCAUGGAACUGGAGAAUGAUCCAUUCUACCUGAACGUGUCACUAUUUGAGAGACUUGUCAGCAACAAUAUGCCCUACAAGACUCUUCUCCAACAACGAAGAAUGGAACCCGAAUUCCGACGCCUCAUCUCUGAUCUCUAUCCUAAGCUAACUGACCACACCAGUGUACUUGAUCGGACUCCUCAAACCUGGGGUAUGGGCUCUCUCAAGUCAUUCUUUUUUGAUCACAGAUGGUCGGAGUACAAAGACGACUCACUCUCAACCUACAACGAAGAAGAGGCAAGAUUCAUUGCCGGGUUCUUUCGUCACUUGAACAAGAACGGCAUCGAACCACAACAGAUCACCGUGCUAACCUUUUACAACGGUCAACGAAAGAAACUCCUCAAAGAAUUGCGACGAACGACAGACAUCACAGCUGGAUACCUUCAAGUCAAGACGGUGGAUGGUUACCAAGGAGAGGAGAACGAUAUUGUAAUAUUGUCACUCACGCGGAGUAACGAUGAUGGCAAGAUUGGUUUCCUCGCUAACAUCAAUCGUGUCUGUGUGGCCUUGUCCCGGGCUAAAUUGGGAUUUUAUAUGUUUGGCAACUCUCAUGCGCUGAUGACGGGUAGUGACCUAUGGUACAACGUCAUCAAGCGAAUGGAAAACGCCAAUCGAAAGGGAGCUGUCUUGCCGGUACAGUGCAAGACCCACCAGGAAACUGCCUGCAUUCAGUAUCCCCAAGAGUGGGAAGAGACCGAUGGCGGCUGCUUCAAGGUCUGUCAAGAGAGACUCAACUGUGGUCAUAGUUGUCCAUUGCGUUGCCAUCCCUUUUCCCACGACAAAUUCAGAUGCCCGUCGCCAUGCGAAAGAGAACUACCAUGCGGUCAUGCAUGCGAACACCUCUGUUUCGAGCCAUGUUGUUGUUCUUGCGACGAGUUCGCCAAGUAUCAGGCCGAGAGAGUUCAAGAGAAUUGGAUCGAACAAGAUGUGGAAGGCAUCAAGAAAGGAGUGCAGGAGGCCCGAAUGUCUUGGGGGUUAGCAAAUGGUCCCUAAACCGCGCAACUUUGGACCAUCGUAUCGUGACGCAGUUGUUGACUCUGUUGGGGAUGAAAUUAUUGUUCGCAAGUCUCCCGGAGAGCCGGCGAUUGACUCCAAGCAGAGUGGCAGUAUGGUGAACCCGUGCAAUAACAAACCGACGCGCACCGUCGACACGCAUCGAUUGUCUCCGGAGAAGCAGCAGCAGCAGGAUCAAAUGGUUCGAUGGGCUAAUUUUGCUAAGGGCGGAGUAGAAACGGACGAUCGACGACUGGUUGAUCUAUUCGAUCCACGACCUCGAUCAAAUUCAAAAACGAAUGCUGCGCAAGAGGAUGCAGCUGAACAAUCUGGUACAAAGGUGCUGUAUCCGAGCACGAAUGCCACGAUCAUCGCACAGGAGACGAUCAAGAGCUUACCGGACGGUCGCAAUAGAUUCUCGCAUCAUUAUCAACCACAGGCUUCACGAGGUCGAAGCUUUCCGACUACGCAGGCCGAGAAUGUACAAGUCAGCAAGGUUACAAGCCGAGAGGUACUGGAAGAGGACGGUGAGACUGGAGGUCGCAAAGGUCCACGAUCAGUGUCGAAUGGUGGCAGUGUCAAGAAUGGCAAGGUCAAUGAUAAUUUGAUUGAUCUUGAGGAGCUCGAUUUUUAUUAUCGUGGAUGAGAGAGGGGUCUCUUGCAUGGGAUGAGAGAAGUCGAGGGGUCUUCGCAUCCACGAAUGCGAGAAGUUCAAGGUCGUACAAAGGUCGUUCGUGGAUGAGAAAAGUUGAGACUCUUGAGAGGUCAUGGAGACGAGACUGAACGUAUCGAUACGUUUUGGUUCGUCACUUUGUCUUGUUCGUGGACUCGAGUAUUCAAGUAGCCCAAUUCGAGAAUACUUUGCUCGAGAUAAAU